AUGCUCAUCCUGUCGACUGCCGUCGUCCUGGUCGCCGCCGCAACCUUGCGUUUUCAGCAGCAGCAGCAGCAGCAGCAGCAGCAGCAACCACUCAGCUCUUCACCGGCAACGACGUACUGCUAUCGCUCCAUCAGGACACACGACCAGGACAGACCGACGGCACGAUGCUUCUCGGUUGCCAACGGAUUCUUCGUCAAAGUCCGGGAUGAGAUUGCGACGGAGGUCGAUGUCGACGCGGAGAUGCUAGAUCCAGGCCAUGUCAUCCCGGGCCUGUGGGACGGUCACGGCCAUCUCCUCCAGUACGGCGAGUUCCUCCACUCGGUCGACCUGUUCGGCAGUCAGUCUCUCGACGACGUACGCUCGCGCGUGAGGGCCUAUGUCGACUCCCACCCGGGAGCGGGCACAAAGGAACAGUGGCUCCGAGGUGUGGGGUGGGACCAGACGGCGUUUGGACGGAUGCCAUCUGCUAAUGAUAUAUCUCGAGACCCUCAAUUGAAAAACAUCUACAUGAUGCUUGACCGCAUAGACGUGCACUGCGCAUGGGUCUCGCAGCCGGUCCUGGACCUGUUGACCCCAUCCGACCUGCCGGAUUCCGUUCCCGGCGGCGAGAUCGUCCGCGAUCCGGGCAUGGGCGUCUUCUGCGAUAACGCCAUGGACAUCGUCACCCGGCUGUGGCCCGCGCCCUCGGACGACGUCAAGGCCAGCCAGGUCCGCAGCGCCAUGGCCGAGCUCAACUCCGUGGGCGUGGUGGGCAUGCACGACGCCGGCGCCACGCCCUCCACCCUACGCCUGUACCGUCGCCUCUCCGCCUCGUCGUCUGCCUGGACCGUCCGCCUCUACGGCAUGCUCGAGUGCGACAGGCGCAACACGUUCUGCCCGGACGACGCCCCCAGAGGUGGCGGCGACGCCAUGUUCCUCCCCGUCCGCAGCGUCAAGCUCUUCGCUGAUGGCGCCCUGGGGAGCUGGGGCAGCGCCAUGAUAGACCCUUACUCCGACCACAGCUGGACGUCCGGCUCGCUGCUCGUCAACGCGUCCGCCCUGACGGGCGUCACCAGAUCGUGGGCCGCGGAGGGGUACCAGGUCAGCAUCCACGCCAUAGGGGACCUGGCGAACCGGUACGCCAUCGACGCCAUAGAGGCUGCCCUGCUCGACCUGUGCGGCGGGGAUCGGAGCCGGCUGGCGGGCUGCCAGGCGGCCGAGCACCGCUUCCGCAUCGAGCACGCCCAGAUCAUCCACCCGGACGACCAGGCGCGCCUCCUCGGGCUCGGCAUCGUGCCGUCCAUCCAGCCGACGCACGCCACGUCCGACGCGCGAUACGCCGAGGCCCGCCUGGGCAGGGACCGUCUGUCCUCGUCGGCGUACCGCAUGCGCUCCCUGCUGCCUGCCCGUCCCGUCCUGGGAUCCGACUUCCCCGUCGAGCCCCCCAACCCGUUCCAGGGCAUCUACGCGGCCGUCACACGGCGGAGCCCUCGUGCCGGGCCGGCGGGGCCGGGUGACGGCAAGUCCGGAUUCCUGACCGACGAGGCCCUCAGCCUGGACGACGCCCUCUGGGGGUUCACCCGCGGUCCUGCGUAUGGGGCCUUCCUCGAGGACAAGGCCGGCGUCAUCCGCCCGGGCGCCUACGCCGACUGGGUAGUCCUGGAUGAGCCGUUGGAUGAGGGUACCGAUAUCGAGAGUCUGCCAUCGCUGAGGGUGCGCGAGACGUGGGUUGGUGGACGGCGGGUGUAUUCCCGACAUGAUGGUGCAUGA